UUGAUGACUUGGUCAAUGCUGUAUGCUUCGCUUUCUUCAGGAUGUACAAGGUUUCCUCCUAGUUGUUGCUUGCCGCGUGAUCUCACGCCUUUCGCUGUAAGAAAAUGGCAAAGGCCUAACAAAAAUCCAAAUUAGUUUUUCGCAGAAGAUAUUGGUUAAAGAAUAAAAGGAAAGAAGAGAAAAGAUCGUGAUGGAGAGGUACUUGAAUGAAAACUUUGGGCAAGUGAAGUCCAAGUACUCCCCUGAGCAGAAGUUGAAGCAAUGGAGGGAGCUAUGUGGGAUCGUAAGGAAUUCAAGGCGAAGGUUUCGCUUCACUGCCCAUUUAUCAAAGCGUCACGAGGCUGAAGCUUUACGACGGAGCAAUCAGGAGAAGUUAAGGAUUGCAAUUCUGGUCUCCAAAGCUGCAUUUCAAUACAUCCAGGAUGUGUCUCCAAGUGACUAUUUUGUACCUGCAGAGGUCAAAGCUGCGGGUUUUGAGAUUUGUGCUGAUGAGUUAGGAUCCAUUGUCGAAGGCCAUGAUGUCAAGAAGCUAAAGUUUCAUGGUGGGGUAAAUGGUAUUGCUGAAAAGCUCUCCACUUCAUUCACUAGUGGGCUUUCUACGGAUAAUGAUCUACUGAAUCACAGACAAAAGGUUUAUGGAAUCAAUAUAUUUGCUGGGAGUGAGGCUCGGAGUUUUUGGACAUUUGUUUGGGAAGCCCUUCAGGACAAGAUCUUUAUCAUUGAUUCAAUAUGUGCUUUUGUGUCUUUGCUACUUGGCAUAACAAUGGAAGGGUGGCAAGAGAGGGCCCAUGAUGCCAUUGUAAUUGUUGCAAGUAUUUCCUUGGCUGUCUUUGUCACGGCAACAAAUGAUUUUUGGCAAUAUUCACAACUCAGGAAUUGGGAGAAAGAGAAAAGGAAAUUCAUGGUUCAGGUUGCAAGAGAUGGAUUUAGGCAAAGGUUAUCAUCAGUUGAUUUGCUUCCUGGAGACAUUGUAUACCUUGCUUGUGGAGACCUAGUCCCUGCAGAUGGCCUUUUUGUUUCAGGUUUUUGUGUGCUACUUGAUGAAUCAAAUUUAACAGGGGAAAGUGAACCAAUUAUGGUGAACAGUGAAAAUCCUUUCCUUCUUUCUGGAUCUAAGGUGCUUGAUGGAUCAUGCAAGGUGAUGGUUACAACAGUUGGGAUGAGAACCCAGUGGGGUAAAUUGAUUGCAACUCUCAGCCAAGGUGGAGAUGAUGAGACCCCACUGCAGGUGAAACUAAAUGGAGUGGCAGCCAUUAUUGGAAAGAUAGGUCAAUUCUUUGCUAUAGUGACCUUUGCCGUUUUGAUGCAAGGAUUAUAUGUCCGCAACUUGAAAGGCAACCCUCUGGAGUUGGUCAGGGAAAUGUUCAAAUAUUUCACUAUUGCUUUCUCAAUUUUUGUCAUUGCACUCCCAGAGGGGCUGCCAUUGGCAAUGACAUUAAACUUAGCAUUUGCUAUGAAGAAGCUGAUGAAUGAUAGAAUAUUUAUCCGGCAUCUAGCAGCUUGUGAGACAAUGGGGUUGGCCUCAAAUAUUUGUAUUGACAUGACUGGGACCCUAACUACUAACAACAUGACUGUUGUGAAAUCAUACAUUUGCAUGAAUGUCAGGGAGGUAACAAAAAACAAUAAUGCUUCUGGCUUGCACUCUGAGAUCCCAGAUUCUGCUCUGAAACUUCUACUGCAGUCAAUAUUUAAUAACACUAGUGGGGAAGUUGUUGUUAACAAAGAUGGAAAACUUGAGGUACUUGGAACACCCACUGAAAUUGCCUUAUUAGAUUUUGGCCUGUCUCUUGGUGGAGAUUUCCAGGCAGAGCGACAAGCAGCUAAACUUGUUAAAGUUGAGCCUUUCAACUCCACAAAGAAGCAAAUGGGAACAGUGCUAGAGUUCCAAGGAAAAGGUUUGCGAGCUCAUUGUAAAGGUGCUUCAGAAAUAGUUUUGGCUGCCUGUGACAAGGUGAUCAAUUCAGAUGGUAAAAUUGUUGAUCUCAAUGAAGCAUCCAUCAACCAGCUAAAAGUUACAGUUAGUCAGUUUGCUGAUGAGUCUCUACGAACUCUCUGCCUAGCCUACAUGGAACUGGAAGAUGGCUUCUCUGCUGAGAAUCCAAUUCCAGCUUCUGGCUUUACUUGUAUAGCAAUUGUAGCCAUCAAAGAUCCAAUUCGUCCCGGUGUCAAAGAGUCUGUUGCAGUAUGUCGCUCAGCUGGUAUCACUGUACGAAUGGUUACUGGUGAUAAUAUGGCUGCUGCAAAGGCUACAGCUAGGGAAUGUGGAAUUCUUGAUGAAGAUGGCGAAACCAUUGAAGGACCUGAUUUUCGAGAGAAAACUCAUGAGGAGCUACUUCAACUGAUACCAAGAAUUCAGGUGAUGGCUCAAGCUACGCCUCAAGACAAGCUUACAUUGGUGAAGCAUUUGCAAACUACAUUCAAUGAAGUUGUUGCAGUGACAGGUGGUGGAGCAAAUGAUGCCUCUUUACUUCAUGAAGCAGAUAUUGGUCUAGCAAUGGACAUAUCCGGAACUGAGGUGGCCAAGGAAAAUGCUGAUAUCACAAUUCUAGACGACGGGUUCUCCACAGUUGUGACAAUGGCCAAAUGGGGACGUUCAAUUGUUAUGAAUGUAAAAAAAUUUGUACAGUUCCAGCUGACAGUUUCUAUGGUUGCAUUAAUUCUUAACGUCUCUACUGCUUUCUUUACAGGGAAUGCUCCAUUUUCAGAUGUUGAGCUCUUGUGGGUUGGCUUGAUCACAGAUACAUUGGUAGCUUUUGCCUUUGCAAACGAGCCUAAUAAUGAACUAAUGAUGCAUUCACCAGUUGGAAGGAAAGGAAGUUUUAUCACUAAUGUCAUGUGGAGGAAUAUCAUUGGGCAAUCUUUUUAUCAGAUUACAGCAAUAUGGUAUCUUCAAACAAAAGGAAAGGCAAUAUUACGUCUUGAUGGCCCAGAUUCUAAUAUAAUCAUGGAUACAUUCAUAUUCAACUCAUUUAUCUUCCUUCAGGUUUCUAAUUUGAUAAGUUCACGGAAGAUUGAGGAAAUAAAUGUCUUCAAAGGCAUACUCGAUAACUACGUUUUUGUGACUGUCCUCUGUUGCAUUGUUCUGUUUGAGAUCAGUAUCAUUGAGUUCCUGGGUAUAUUUGCUAAUACGUCGCCUCUCACUUUGUCACAGUGGUUCUUGAGUUCAUUCAUUGGACUGUUAGGUGUGCCAGUUGCUGCUGGUGUGAAGAUGAUACCUGUGUGAGCCAUGUAAAUGAGUAAAAAUUCUAGUCUGAUAUCACAUUCUGAAGUUCAUCAUUUGCAUAUUGUUGUCUACAAAUUACAAUGUCUAGGUGGUCUUGACUAUUUUUGUUUUCUGGAGAUGAGGUGUCUACUUUUUAAAAUGUUGAGUUUAGUGCUGUAAUUGCAACUUUGAAAGGAUAGUUUGUAUUUCUAACUGCUUACUGCAAGCUUAAAAUCUUUUACAAGAAAACAAAAGCAACCUGUGUGCUGCUUUGUAUA